AUGCAGGAACACGGCGGUGUGUAUUGGCCGGUGACCUUCACCAGUCGAACGCUGAAUGCCAACGAGUUGAACUACGGUAUCGUAGACACGGAGGCCCUUGUACUUCCGCGUAUACUGGACGUCUACUACACGCAGUUCGCUACCCGAUCGAUCAAGGUGUUGUCACGUUUCCCCACGUUAGCUUGGCUCCUGAAGUCGAACGGGCUGGGCGGACGUUUGGGCAGGUGGGCCGCAUUGCUGUCCGGCCAGACACUGGAGAUCACAAAGUGUUCCAAAGGCGCAGAAGAAAUCCUGGGAGCGGCAGCAGCGAGCAUCACUCCACGAGCUGAAGUGGAUGAUGCCCUAAGCGCGAUAGCCCAGAAGAAACAACCCCCGAAGAUGAUCGCUAUGAUCCCUCCAACCAUAGACCCGGAAGGGAAUCUCUUGGUAGCAAGAUUUGAUGGCUUUGCACGGGUGAAGCGUGAGGUAGCUCGAACAUAUGGAAAUUUCCCGAGUGGACGAUCCUUGAAGCGAUAUCCGAACCCAUGCCGGACCUGA